AUGGUGUUCGGUGUUAUUUUGAUGAAUUAUGGGCCCUGGAGUGACCCAGGCUGGGGCCCCAUGAAUUCCCGCACCUAUAUUGUGACACCAGACCGCGAAACUGCCGAUCUACUCUAUCGUGUUUUGAUGGACAAUGGGAAGAACUUUCCCCUUGUGCCGGUUGACUUUGAUCGUAAACGUCCCUCGCCUCAAUUAUGGAGCUGGAUGAGCCUACGCGGAGACAGUCAAGCUUCAAUACAGGAACAUCUGAAACUAGCUCUCAACGAAAUAAAUUUUGGGAGGGUCCCAAUGAAAGAAGAGCACAGGAAGCAUCUGCUUGGGAAGAUUACAUUUGACUGGCGCGGCAACUGGAAUGAGAACGGCCAGCGUCUUCCAGAGAUACCCCAUCUGGAUCUCCCGGAUCAUAUCUCAGGGCGUGUGUUCAGCAUUCGGGAUAAGAGCUGCCCCACGCGAUUCUGGGCUAAAUCCACCAAAUACCUCAAUGAGGGCUGCAUUGAAGUGUCCGACACGCGGAAGGCGAGAUUCCGAGUCACGAUCAAAGGAAGAGCGGAUGGUAAAACGGUGAUGGUCUUCGACGACGCUGUAACACUUGAGCUUAUCGAACGAUCCGGGAGGAAUGUGAACUAUCUUCCCGUCAAUAUCGAUGAAACAGACGGGCGUCUCAAGGUCGGGGAUAGCGGAACAGAAUUAAAAACAAUACCAUUCGGGCGCUUGCUCAAGGGGGGACUCAUCUGCGAUUAUCAUGCAGGAAAAGGCGAUGCUUCGGCGCAAUGUCCGACAUGGGUCGAUGAACAGUUUCGUGGAGGCGAUUGCUGGGAACUAUGCUUCUGA